AUGGUGCAACAAAAGAUAGUUAUGAGGGUGCAAAUGAACUGUGAGAAGCACAGAACCAAUGCCUUGAAGAUUGCUGCAGUGGCUAAAGGUGUGAGUAAAGUGUCGAUAGAAGCAGAGAAAGAGCAGAUGGAGGUGAUUGGAGAUGGAGUUGACUCCACCAGAUUGACCUCGUUGAGGAAGAAGCUUGGCUUCGCGGCCAUACUAAGUGUAGAACCAGUGAAAGCAAAUGCUGAGGAGAAAAAACCAACUGAUCCUCCAAAGAUAUCAAGCUAUAUCCAUUAUCCUCGUCCUCACUAUCAUGUAGUUCAUGAUGACUAUGACCAUCAGAACAAUUGUGCUAUUAUGUAA